CGAAGGGCAAGAGAAGCAGGAGGAAUCGAGACGGUGGUGACAGGGAUGAUGCGGCACGAGGAACAUGCAGGGGUGCAGAAGCAAGGGAGCACGGCAUUGUGGAAUAUGAUGUCCAUCGACGAAUACGAACAUAAUGGAGAUAAGGUCAGAGAGGUGGGAGGAGUGGAGACUGUUGUGAAGGGCAUGGUGCGGCACGAGCAGCAUGCGGGUGUACAGCAGGAAGGAUGCAGAUUCUUGUGGGAUUUCGUAACGAGCGAAGUCAACAAGGUGGCGGUGAGAGAGGCGGGGGGGAUCGAGGCAGUCGUGAGGGGGAUGGUGAGGCACGAAGAGCAUGCUGGGGUUCAGAAGCAGGCGAUCAGAUUCUUCCGACGGAUUGCCCUGCAUGUUCGCGAGAAUGAUGUGAGAAUGAGACAGGCAGGAGCUAUCGAGGCGGUUGUGCAAUCGAUGGUGCGACAUGCCGAGGACGCGGAGGUGCAGGAGGAAGGGUUCGGAACCUUGAUGAACGUCAUGGCCAACGAUGAAGAGAACCACCAGAGGCUAAGAGCGGCCGGGGGGAUCGAGGCCAUAGUGAAUGGCCUGCAGAGGCAUCAGCAAGUG